CUCCCGGGGAUCCCCCUGCCUCAGCCUGUGCCUGAAUGUUGGGAUUAUAAGCCUACAGCACCAUUCCCAGCUUUUCCAUAAUUCUGAGGUGGCUGGUGAUGCUGGGAGUGGGGAUUUUCUAUUUGGGCCUCAGUGUGCAGCAUGUAGACGAAGCCCUGGCUUUACUGGACUUCCAUGGCAAAGGAAUCCCUCUUUUUCACUCCAUCCAUAUGUCUAGGAUCUAUGUCUUUUCCUAGGUUGGGUCAUUAAGUCACGAGUGACCCCAGAAAAGGACUCAGUUGUGCCCUCUCCCGACCAGUAAGGCUCUAAGAAUAUCUUUAAGAAGAAAUUGCUCAGUACAGUUGCUUUGACCUGGUGUAACAGUAGCUGUAACAGAUUCAGUAGAGUUCAGCUCUGCCUUUUCUCCAGCAGCCUAUGCCAUCGUCUUUCCUGCUUUCUGGGUCUCCAGGUUGUACCUGAGUGUUCCUUUUGGUUGAAGCCCAGAUUUUUGUAGACCAAGAAAUGAAAGUUAAAGCUAGGUGAAACUUUACAGAGACUGAGUUCAUUAUGGUCCUUGCUGGCCAGGGAUCCCAGUGCUUUCCAAGGCAAGGACCAUGAAAGAGUAUCUUCAGAGCCUGCUGAGAUAGGCGGUGAAGGCUGUGUGUACUCACUGCGUUCAGAAGUGUCAAAUGCAGAGCUCAGGGCCUCAGGGAACCCCUGGCCAACAGGGAUGUUGGCUUAGUCCAGCCCAAGCGGCUUCACCCGGAGGGUGAUGGUGUGGAAUCGUGUGGAGACUGGGAAGGACUGUGAGUGGUGCCACUCCAGGUAGGGCAAGAACUUACAACUAACCAAGAAGACCGAUUGCCUACGGUGAGGGUCGGGAGUGCUUCAAGGAUCCUGAAUGGGCCACGUCCCUUCCUCCCCCAUAGCCACGGGCUUCCUAGCAAUCUUCCGGCUUUUGUCUCCUCCACAAGAGACUGACUUCCAGUUGAAUCUUCCCAGAUGCUGUUUAGAAGGUAGCAUUUAUCUGCUCUUAGCUGCCUACAAAAUAUCUGCAGGCCUCUUGCCUUGGCCUUAGAGGCCCACGCAUUCAUCAGCCUGCCUUCUCCCAGGUGCUCUCUGCAGAGCUCCUCAGCAGGUAAGCUGACCCAGUCCAAGUUCAGGUUCAGGUGUGGCCUCAGAAAGCCUCCCCUGUUCCCGCCUUUGGAAGUGACCCCUUUCCUAGCCCUCCUGGGGCCUCACACUGUUCCUUUGUGGUGUAGUUUCUCAGGGUGGCUUUAUAUUAUCUUCUCAGUGGCAUGUUUCUUUCCAACUGAGGUUAUCCUUAGUUAUCCUUACAUUUUUUGUAGCACCUGCUGUGACACCUGGACUGGUAGGCACCCACAAGAUAUUUCCUGAACAACUUGAUCACUAGAUGCCCAGCUCUGUGGUGCCCUAAAUUGAGGCUGGAGAGGGCCAUGUGGAGCUGCCAGCCCUUCGCUGGACCUCGCUGGGGCCUCUUCGGACCUAGACAAGUGCAAAGUGAUGUAGGGCUCCUGGGACAGUCAGUGGUCAGCAGAGACCUGGAUGUGGAGAGGAGCUCCUGUUUGAUGGUUCAGUUUUCUUCUGCGUAUGUUCACUCUGCAAGAAAAGAGCAGAAAUGGCCUUCAUUGGAGUUUUCAGGCCAAGAGGUCAUUAUCACUUCAGGAGCAGUUCCGCGGGAACCCAGCAUUGACCUGCUGCAGGCUUUCGUGGAGCACUGGAAGGGCAUCACACAUUACUAUCUCGAGAGCACAGAUGAAAACACCCCAGCCAAGAAGACGGAUAUUCCCUGGCGGCUGAAGCAGAUGCUGGACAUCCUGGUGUACGAGGAGCAGCAGCAGAUGACCGCCGGCGAGGCCGGGCCCUGUCUGGAAUACCUGCUGCAGCACAAGAUCCUGGAGACCCUGUGCACGCUGGGCAAGGCUGAGUACCCCCCAGGCAUGCGGCAGCAGGUGUUCCAGUUCUUCAGCAAAGUCCUGUCUCAGGUGCAGCACCCACUGCUGCACUACCUCAGCGUCCACAGGCCCGUGCAGAAACUUCUCCGGCUUGGUGGGGUGGUCCCUGGGUCCCUCACAGAAAAGGAGGAGGUACAGUUCACCAGUGUCCUCUGCUCCAAGAUCCAGCAGGACCCAGAGCUGCUCACCUACAUCCUGGAGGGCAAAACAAUUACAGGGAAGAAGUCACCCAGAGAGUCUACAGCCCUGUCUAAAGACACAGCCAGCCACAGGGACGAGGACUGUUGUCAGAACUGUACUCCUGACAGGGGCCCCCAGUCGGAUGGGGAGCACUGUGGGGCCCAGGCCUUGACCAGCCACCUGCCUGCUGAGAUGGAGGGGCCAGAUGGUCCUGGGGAGAGCAACCUGAUCACCUCCCUGCUGGGGCUGUGCCAAAGCAAGGUGCUGAGAGAUGGUGGUGGGCAGAAGGGUCGGGUGGUCCUGAAGGCCCAGGAGAAUCUGCUACUCCUGGUAAGCGUGGCCUCCCCAGCAGCUGCCACCUACCUGGCACAGAGCAGCCCCUGUUGUGUCUUGAUCGCGGAACAUCUGUGCGAACUGUACCGGUCCCUGCCUGCCUUCCUCGACCCGGCAGACAUCGCCGCUUUAGAGGGCAUCAGCUGGAGGUUACCCAGUGCCCCAUUCGAUGAGGCAUCCUUCCCUGGCAAGGAGGCCCUGGCUGCCUUCCUGGGCUGGUUUGAUUACUGUGACCACCUUAUCACAGAGGCACACACGGUGGUUGCUGAUGUCUUGGCAAAGGCUGUGGCCGAGAGGCUGUUUGUGGAUGCUCUGCAGCCCCAACUCCUGCAUGUGUCUGAGCAGAGCAUCCUGACCUCCACUGCCCUGCUCACGGCUGUGCUGCGCCAGCUGCGCUCCCCCAUGCUGCUGCAGGAAGCCAUGACCUUCCUACUGGGCUCCCACCACCAGCCUGCAGGCGCCGAGGACAGUCCCCACACCCUGUGCGACCACCUCAUCAGGCACUGUGACCACCUCUCGGAUGAGAUCAGCAUCGCCACACUGCGGCUGUUCGAAGAGCUGCUGCAGAAGCCCCAUGAGGGGCUCAUCCACAGCCUGGUUCUGUGCAACCUGGAGGGCCGUCUGUACGUGGCCCGGAGUUCACCGGAGCCUGAGAGUUAUGAGGACACCAUAGAUCUGGAGGAAGACCCCUACUUCACGGAUGGCUUCCUCGACUCUGGUCUCCAGCCCUCUGCAAAGCCUCGCCCGCUUCCUGCUGCAUCGGAUGGCAAAACAGCAGUGACAGAGAUCGUCAACAGCUUCCUCUGCCUGGUCCCUGAGGAAGCCAAGACCUCAGCCUUCCUGGAGGAGACUGGGUACGACACCUACGUCCACGAUGCCUAUGGACUGUUCCAGGAGUGCAGUUCCCGUGUUGCCCCUUGGGGCUGGCCCCGGACUCCCACAGCCUUGGACCCCCAUGAGCCAGAACGGCCUUUCUUUGAGGGUCACUUCCUCCGAGUGCUGUUCAAUCGCAUUGCCCGGAUUUUGGAUCAGCCCUACAGCCUGAACCUGCAGGUGACCUCAGUCCUGUCCCGGCUCGCCCUUUUCCCCCACCCCCACAUCCACGAGUACCUCCUGGAUCCCUACAUCAACCUGGCCCCUGGCUGCAGGAGCCUGUUCUCUGUGCUGGUCAGGGUGAUUGGGGACUUGAUGCAGAGAAUUCAGAGGAUACCCCAGUUUCCAGGCAAACUGCUCCUGGUACGAAAGCAGCUGAUGGGCCAGGUCCCUGGGGAGCAGCUGGACCACCAGACCCUCCUUCAAGGCGUGGUAGUACUUGAGGAGUUCUGCAAGGAACUGGCUGCCAUCGCCUUCGUCAAGUUUCCCCCUCAACAUGGUCCUCAGCUGAACUUCUCCUCACCCCCGGAAGGGCAAGUCUGAAUCAGUGGAAGACUCCUAUCCUCAUGGCUGCCCAGGAGCAGCCUCCUGCUGGGCCCCGUCGUUGCCACAGCUCUCCUCCAGUGUGGGGCUUCAGCUCCGGGCUGACUCAGGACCUCAGCCUGUUGACCACACAGGUCUGGGUUCCAGGGGAGUGGACCUCAGAGG